CCCGAAACACCAUUAUUCAGUCUCUCGAUUCUAGCUUCCUACAAGCUGCUUGGUUAAUUUCUAAGUCAGAACUCGAAUAGAGUGUGCGUGCGUGGCACAAUGUCAAACAUCUCAGUCGCACAUCCUUCUCCCUUUUCGUUCGCCUCUUCACAGUUAUUCGACGGUACGGAUGGGAGCUGGUCCUCGUUUAUUGUCCGAGUAGGAAAACCUGAGCAGAACUUCCGGAUCCUUCCCUCCACAACCGGGCGUGCAACCUGGCUGCCCCUCCCGCAAGCAUGCAGACCUCAGGAUCCGGAUAUAUGUGGUCAAUCAAGGGGUGGCUACCCUUCACAAGAGGGCAAGUACGGCUUUGAUUAUAACAGCUCUACGACCUGGAAACAGAUUGGCAUCUAUAAUCUUGAGAUCGGUGAACGCUUGGAUAUCCCCGCGAAGGGCACAUUCGGUUUCGACACCGUCGGAUUACAAGUGCAGAACUCAGGCGGCCUCACCCUCUCCAAUCAGAUUGUUGCCGGCUUCGUUACUCAAAAAUUCUGGAAUGGCCAAUUUGGCCUAGAUGUCAAACCAUCCAAUUUCUCGGACUUUGAGAAUCCUCAACCGUCCUUUAUGACGAGCUUGAAGAAUGAGCGUAUGAUACCAAGCCUCUCUUAUGCCUAUACAGCUGGUGCUUCCUACCGACAGCCCAAAGCAUUAGGAAGCUUGACACUCGGGGGUUAUGACGCUGCAAGAUUCGAUGAGAAAUCAGACAGCUCAAUCCACACAUUCCCGUUCAACAGCGAUGACUCGCGCAUCCUUUCUUUGGGUGUUCAGUCAAUUACUUCAUCCACUUCGAUUGUCGAGGAUGGGCCACAGGGUCUCAUGACAGCACCCAUUGUGUCCAUGAUCGACUCAGCCGUUGCUCAGAUCUAUCUGCCUCGUGCUGUUUGCGACGAAUUCCAGGCGCGUUUCGGCCUCACGUACGACAACCGAACAGGGUUUUAUCUCGUUAAUGACACAGUCCACACACGGCUUCAGCAACUCAACCCAACAUUCACCUUUGUACUGGGCAACACCAACGAUCCCUCCAAAGUGGUCAACAUACGCCUUCCUUAUGCCGCCUUUGACCUGCAGCUGACGUGGCCUAUCUUCAACGAGACUAAAAAUUACUUCCCCAUACGGCGGGCAGUCAAUGAUAGUCAGUAUACGCUUGGGCGGACCUUCCUCCAAGAAAGUUACCUCAUCACCGACUACGAAAGAUCCAACUUCUCCAUCUAUCAAGCGCGAUUUGAAAAUGGAUUAUCAGCACCUCAGCAGAAGAUUAUCCCAAUCCUCUCUCCUUCCUCCCAGGACUCUACCUUGCCUGGUGCAACUCCAUCUCCAUCGGGGAGACGUUCACUGAGUGCAUCAGCAAUUGCGGGAAUUACAGUAGGGACAGUAAUUGGGGCUUUGUUGGUUGUUCUGCUUUUCCUCCUUUAUAUGCGCAGACGAAGGCAUAGGGUAUCUCCCGUCGAAGAUGCUCCUUACCUGCCAGAGAAACCUGCUGUAACGUACGAGAUGCAUCAACAGCCGACAGAGCUAGUUGGGGACAAGGUCCAAUAUGAAAUAGACUCGAAGACAUAUCAUAUGAUGGCUGCUCACGGCAGCGAAAAGCACAACAUGACCCACGAACGGGGUAUACAUGAGUUGCCAGCGUCAGAUAUUAGCGGGAGAGUGGAGAAGACAGGCAGAGAAAGUGAAAGAUGUAGUGAGGGCAAUUGGAUAUAGAUGAUGAGUUGAAAGCCAUGCAGGUGGAUUAUGUUCAAGUAGCUCUGCAGCUCGGGGAAAUGUGCGUAAGGUUGCAUUCCCUUGUUCACCUAUUAUCUUAGAGAAGACCGG